UUCAAAGUACCUCCACCUCUCUCCCUCUCUUCUACAGAAAACUCCACCAUUGUUGAUUGACUUUGUUCCUUCUUUCAACAACCCUAUCUCUCUCCAAUCUCCGAAAAAGCAUUUUGCUUGCUUGUGCUUCGCUGUUUGUGUUCUUUGGUCAAUCUGUGUUUAGAGUUGUAGAUUAGUGCUGCUAAUUUUAUAAUAUUAAAACAAACAACAGUGAACGUGCUUCCUCUUUGUCUUGUUACCUCUCACUCACCACCAGUCUAUCUCUCUCUCUCUCUCUCUAUCUAUCACAUAGGAGUAGUAAAAAACAAGUGAGAAUAAAAAUAAAAAUACUAAAAAUCUUCACGCUCGGAGAUGAAAAUGAUUAGUGUUUUUUUUCUUUAUUAUACAAAACAGUCUAUUUUGAGAAGUAAAUGAAAGAGACAGUCUUUGGAAUAUGGGCUGCUUUCCACCUUUUGAGAAUCCUCAUGACUGUGUCUUAACAAUUGAGAACCCUUUUCUUUGCAAUUCUGGCUCUCUUUCUUUCAAUUCUUAAUAUGGGGUUUUGAAGAGAUUGAGAGAGAGAUUUGUUUAUUUGUCUAAAUUUUGCUUCUUUUCCUUUUCUUUUUUCUUUUGCUCAAAUCACGCAACACAAUGCUGUAAAUGAUCAUUUACUCGUUGUUAAGCACCGGCAGUGUGCAUUUUCUUUGUACAUCAGAAGGAAAAAAGUAGCUGCAACAUUGCCACCUCUUUAAAGAAUCCUGCCUCAUACAUACAUGGACGUGUUGUGUCCCUGUGCUAUUGGGGUCUUUCUUGGUUUGAUAUGAACUUGGGAUCAGAGAAAGAAGGAGAAAAUCAAGAAGAAACAGAGAAAUCUUAGUUCUUGUUGUGUUUGAAUUCAUCCAUGGCGUUAAAGAUGCAGCAAAGCUACCACCACUCUGUGGCUGUUAAGGUGAAUGAUCAACAAAUGGGGACCAAAAGAGGGUAUACAUUUAUACAAGCCAACAGGACUUGGCUUCCUAAAGUUUUGUUGCUUUGGGUCAUGGCUAUGGCACUUUUUAGUUUGACGAUAUACAAUGGCAUGGAUGCGGAUAAUAGAGUGAGGAGGAAGGAAGUGUUGGGUAGCAUGUGUGAUCAAAGGGCAAGGAUGUUGCAAGAUCAAUUCAGUGUUAGUGUUAACCAUGUUCAUGCCCUAGCCAUUCUUGUCUCCACUUUUCAUUACUACAAGAACCCAUCUGCAAUUGACCAGGAAACCUUUGCUGAGUACACUGCCAGAACUGCAUUUGAGAGGCCACUGUUGAGUGGCGUAGCCUAUGCACGAAGAGUAAUUGAUUCAGAGAGGCAGGAAUUCGAGAGGCAACAUGGGUGGACAAUAAAGACAAUGGAGAGAGAACCCUCACCCAUUCGAGAUGAGUACGCUCCUGUAAUAUUUUCUCAAGAGACGGUCUCCUACAUUGAGUCUCUUGACAUGAUGUCAGGGGAGGAGGACAGAGAAAACAUACUGAGGGCUAGGGCUACAGGGAAAGCUGUUUUGACGAGCCCCUUUAGGUUACUAGGUUCUCAUCACCUCGGUGUUGUGUUGACAUUCCCUGUUUACAAGUCUAAGCUUCCUCCAAGCCCAACAGCGGCGCAGCGCAUAGAAGCAACUGCUGGAUACCUUGGUGGGGCCUUUGACAUUGAGUCCCUUGUGGAGAAUUUACUUGGACAGCUUGCUGGGAAUCAGGCAAUUUUGGUGAAUGUUUAUGACAUAACUAACUCUUCUGACCUUUUAAUCAUGUACGGUCACCAAAAUCUAGAUGGUGACUUGUCUCUUUUGCAUGAAAGCAAGCUUGAUUUUGGAGAUCCAUUCAGAAAGCACCUGAUGACAUGCAGGUACAAUGAGAAGGCAGCCACUUCAUGGACAGCACUCUCCACAGCUUUCUUAUUCUUUGUUAUCGGUUUAUUAGUGGGUUACAUCUUAUAUGGUGCAGCAAUUCAUAUUGUAAAAGUUGAGGAUGAUUUCCAUGAAAUGCAGGAGUUGAAAGUCCGGGCAGAAGCUGCUGAUGUUGCUAAAUCCCAGUUUCUAGCUACUGUAUCUCAUGAAAUCAGAACACCCAUGAAUGGCGUCCUUGGCAUGCUUGCCUUGCUGCUAGAUACAGAUUUAAGUUCAACCCAGAGGGAUUAUGCUCAAACUGCUCAAGUCUGUGGAAAGGCACUGAUAGCUUUGAUAAAUGAGGUGCUUGACCGGGCAAAAAUUGAAGCUGGAAAGUUAGAGCUGGAAGCUGUCCCAUUCGAUAUUCGAUCCAUACUAGAUGAUGUCCUUUCUUUAUUUUCUGAGAAGUCUAGAAACAAAGGUAUUGAGCUGGCAGUAUUUGUUUCUGAUAAAGUUCCAGAAAUUGUUGUCGGUGAUCCUGGGAGAUUUAGACAGAUUAUCACAAAUCUGGUGGGCAACUCUGUUAAGUUCACUGAAAGAGGACAUAUAUUCGUUAAAGUUCAUCUAUAUGAAAAUGCCAAGGCCAUGACAGAUACAAAAGUGGACACUUGUUUAAAUGGAGGAUCCAAAGAAAGCGUGCUUACAUCAGGUUCCCAAAAGUUCAAAACCUUGAGUGGUUGUGAAGCAGCAGAUGAUCAGAACUGUUGGGAUGUGUUUAAGCAUUUUUCUGAUGAAGAUUUCCGAUGUGAUGCUUCAAUAAAUGUAAUGACCAACAAUGAAGCUUCUGAGGAUGUUGGGUUGAUAGUAUGUGUUGAGGAUACAGGAAUCGGCAUCCCCUUAAAAGCCCAGGGUCGUGUUUUCAUGCCCUUUGUGCAGGCAGACAGUUCAACUUCCAGACAGUACGGAGGAACUGGAAUUGGGUUGAGUAUAAGUAAGUGUCUGGUUGAGCUCAUGGGUGGUCAAAUAAACUUCAUUAGCCGGCCUGAGGUUGGAAGCACAUUUUCAUUCACUGCUGUUCUCGGUACAUGCAAGAAAAAUACAUUCAACAAUAUGGAAAAACACAAUGCUGAAGAAUUGCCUUCUGGCUUUAGAGGAUUGAAAGCAUUCGUUGUUGAUGGAAACCCGGUUAGGGCUACUGUAACCAGAUACCAUUUGAAGAGGCUUGGGAUCCUAGCUGAAGUUGUAAGUAGCCUCAAGCUGGCUGCCAUUGGCUGUGGGAAAAAUGGUUCUCUGACAUCAGGCAGAGGUAAAUUCCAGCCAGAUAUAAUUCUAGUGGAGAAGGAUUCAUGGAUUUCUGGGGAGGAUGGUGUUUCAAGUGUUUGGCAACUGGAUUCGAAACAGAAUGGACAUGCAUUCAAGCUUCCUAAGAUGAUCCUUCUUGCUACCAGCAUUACCAAUUCUGAAUUUGAUAUAGCGAAGGGAGCAGGAUUUGCCGAUACUGUGAUCUUGAAACCUUUGAGAUCUAGUAUGGUGGCUGCAUGUCUUCUGCAGGUGCUGGGCAUGGGGAAGAAAAGGUCCCAAGGGAAAGGCAUGCCCAAUGGUUCUUCUUUCCUUCAGAGCCUUCUCUGUGGAAAGAGAAUUCUGGUGGUCGAUGACAAUAGGGUAAACCGCAGAGUUGCUGCAGGUGCCUUAAAGAAGUUUGGAGCUGAUGCUGAGUGUGCUGAAAGCGGUAAAGAAGCAUUGAAACUGCUUCAACCACCGCACACUUAUGAUGCAUGCUUCAUGGAUAUUCAAAUGCCAGAAAUGGAUGGGUUUGAGGCAACUCGUCGAAUCAGGCAGAUGGAGAGCCAGGCAAACGAGCAGAUGAAUGGUGAAUCCAUGGUGGAAGAAGGAACGGCUAGAAAAGUCCAGUGGCAUAUUCCAAUUUUAGCCAUGACAGCUGAUGUGAUACAUGCUACACAUGAUGAGUGCUUGAAGAGUGGGAUGGAUGGAUAUGUCUCAAAGCCUUUCGAGGAAGAAAAUCUCUAUCAGGCAGUUGCCAGGUUCUUAGAUACCAAAUCCACUUUGAAGUCAUAAUAGGAUUCACUUCACCUUCGGUGAACUGAGCAAAACUAAAUCGGAGAGUUCUUUGGUUGAAAUGAACCAGCAAUUUUGAAUCACCUGCCGGUGCACUUGGUAUUAAGUGGAUAAUGGACGCUGGUUCCCUUGAAUUCUUUAUGAUGCUUCAUCGAAAAUGAUUGCAGGUUCGGCCAAUUAUUUCUAACCAUCUUCAGUUUGACUUCACUAGAAGCUGAGUACAUGUAUACUACUACCACCCCCCCGACUUGUAUGUAUAGAUCCUGUGAAUGGGGACGGAGAAAAGGUUGUAAAUCAAUAUUUUGUUUUUGGUUGCUGCUGAAGGCUGCUCCACCCCUUGAUUUGUACUGUUACCUAUUAAUUUCACGGGGUAUUGGUUU